GCUGCGGCUUCCAGUGUCUCAGUGGCGGCUGAGCAGAGCGCACUGGAGCGAUUUUGUUUCUGCAACUUUGCACCCAAAACUCGCACCGGGAUGCUGCUGCGAGGGGAAUUUUGCCUGACACUUUUCUACCUUUUGAACGCACCUCUUCUGCAGGCCUUCAACCUGGACACCAACUAUGUGAUCAGGAAAGACGGCGAGCCUGGGAGUCUGUUCGGAUUCUCUCUCGCCAUGCACCGGCAGCUCAACCCAGAAAAACGAAUGUUGUUGAUCGGUGCUCCCCGAGCUAGAGCUUUGGGGAAACAGAACGCCAACAUCACUGGAGGACUCUACAAAUGUGAUAUUAACUACUCUCACGAUUGUGAACGAAUUUUAUUUGACAGUGAAGAGGAUAUCCGAGUUGAGAACAAGGAGAACCAGUGGAUGGGGGUCACGGUACAGAGUCAAGGGCCUGGCGGGAAAAUUGUGACGUGCGCUCAUCGCUACCAGAAGCGUUUGUUUGUGAACACGGCCCAGGAGGCCCGUGACAUCACAGGCCGCUGCUACGUCCUGAGCCAAGACCUGACAAUCGACGAGUCGUCGGACGAGGACGGCGGCAGCUGGAAUUUCUGCGAGGGCAGGGCCAGGGGACACGAGAUGUUCGGGUCGUGUCAGCAGGGUCUGGCCGCCACUUUCACCAAAGACUACCAUUAUCUGGUUUUUGGAGCACCUGGAGCAUACAACUGGAAAGGCAUUGUACGUGUAGAGCAAAAAAACAACACCCUUUUAGAGAUGGGCAUGUACGACGACGGCCCUUAUGAAGUCGGCGACGAGCACGCCUUGAACCCAGAGCUCGUCCCCGUGCCAGCCAAUAGCUACCUCGGAUUCUCUCUGGACUCUGGUCACAGCAUCACCAGGGGGCGUGGCCUAACUGUGGUGGCUGGGGCGCCCAGAGCCAAUCACAGUGGUGCCGUGCUGCUGCUGAGGAAAGAGAACCACGGCUCCGCCCGACUUACUGUGGACCACACAUUGUACGGGCCCGGGCUGGCGUCCUCUUUUGGUUACGACGUGGCCGUAGUGGACUUGAACGGAGACGGUUGGCAGGACAUAAUCGUUGGAGCGCCCCAGUUCUACAUGAAGGACAAAGACGUUGGAGGCGCCGCUUAUGUUUACAUCAACCAGGCGGGACGAUGGCGAGGUGUCGCUCCUGUCCGUCUCAACGGGACCAGAGACUCCAUGUUUGGUCUGGCGGUGGAGAACAUCGGUGACGUCAACCAAGAUGCUUAUCAAGACAUCGCCAUCGGGGCACCAUAUGAUGAUGGCGGUACGGGAAAGGUCUACAUUUAUCACGGAUCAGUGCAGGGGAUAAACACACGCCCGGCUCAGAUUAUUUCCGGCAAAGAUUACAACAUCCGACUGUUUGGCUAUUCUCUGGCAGGCAACAUGGACCUGGACAGCAACUCUUAUCCAGACCUCGCUGUGGGCUCUCUCUCAGACUCGGCACUCAUUUACAGAGCAAGACCAGUCAUUAGUAUCCACCGAGAUGUCAAAAUCUCCCCACGGGAAAUUGACCUAACAAUAAAGAACUGUGGAAGCAACAUCUGCUUCACUGUGGAUGCUUGCUUCAGCUACAAAGCAAAUCCGGCAUCGUACAGCCCGAGAAUAAUUAUCGGCUACUCUGUGGAGGUGGACGGAAUUCGCAGGAAACAAGGCUUGCUCUCAAGAGUCGCGUUCUUCAAUAAAUCCAACUCGGAAACGGAACACCACUUUAACGGCACCUUGGACCUCCGAGGACAAAAGCAGGAAACGUGCAUUAAGAUAAAAGCCAAGUUAAAGGAGAACAUUAAAGAUAAGAUGCGAAGCAUUCCCGUCGAGGUGUCGGCACAAAUAGUUGGCACGAAGCGACAAAAGGCAAAGAGCGGCCUCCCGCAGCUGAUGCCAAUUUUGGACUCUACUCAGUCAAACAACGAAACCAUCCAGGUCAAUUUUGUCAAGGAAGGAUGCGGAAGUGAUCACGUUUGUCGCAGUAACCUGAUGAUGGACUACAAAUUGCUGUACAAGCAAAGCAAUCAAGACAUUUACUCGCCUUUGCCCAUCAGGAGGGACAACGUGUCCGUGUUUCAUCUGACUUACGAGAGGAAGGACUUGGCUCUGCGGCUGACCGUCAGCAACCUGCACGGGGACGACGCCUACGAAGCCAAGCUGACUGGGUCCUUCCCCGACACGCUGUCUUAUUCGGGCGUCCGCUCGCAUCGCAAAACGAUGGACAAGCAGAUCAUUUGCGUGGCCAAUCAAAAUGGCUCCCAAGCCGAGUGUGAGCUUGGCAACCCGUUUAAGCAAGGCACCGAGGUUACAUUUUACAUCAUCCUGAGCACCGUGGCGAUGACUCUGGAGACGACAGAGAUCGAUAUCGACCUGCAGCUCCAAACAACGAGCGUACAAGAUUUGGCUAAUGUGAGAAUCAAAGCCAAAGUGAUGGUUGAGUUGCCGUUGUCAAUUACUGGGGAAGUCAACCCUCAUCGGGUUUCAUUCGGAGGAGUCGUGAGAGGAGAGAGCGCCAUGAAGAGCGAAGAGGAGAUCGGCAGUUUAGUCAAUUACACCUUCAGAAUCAACAACUUGUGGGACGCUUCCGUCAAAUCUUCCCUGCACAUCCAGUGGCCCAAAUCCAAUCAAAAUGGCAAAUGGCUUUUGUACCUGGUGAAAAUGAAUGCUAAAGAAGGAGCGCGUGACAUCGUUUGUACACCAGAGUCCGAGAUCAACCCUUUAAAGCACAUCCAGGAGAACUCUGCAUUCAGGACAAAGCGGGAAAUUGCACCGAAAAAAACAAAAAGCAAGACUUGGCCACUGUCAGGAAAAAAUAAGAUUUUGGCGUGUGGGAAAGAUUUGCAGUGUGUGGUGCUCAAGUGUCCCUUGCAUGGACUCGACGGGUCCACUGUGGAACUCCGAGCUCAUCUGUGGAACUCAACCUUUCUGGAGGAUUACACUUCUCUGUCAUCCUUGGAUAUUAUUGUGAAGGCUUCGCUGGUGCUCCACAACCGGGCCACAAACUUGAUUCUGAAAACUCCUGACACCGAAGUGACGCUCAUGGUGUUCCCAGAGAGCGCAGUGGCCCAGUACGGUGGCGUCCCCUGGUGGAUUAUCGUGGUAGCUGUUCUGGCAGGAGUCUUGAUUUUGGCUUUAUUGGUCUGUCUGCUUUGGAAGUGUGGUUUCUUCAAGAGAGCAACCAAAGAGCAGUACGAUGCGGCCUAUCACAAGGCCGAGAUCCAUGUUCAGCCUUCUGACAAAGACAAGCUCUCAGCUGAGGCCUGAUUUUAUGCUCUGAAAAGUGUGGCUUCUUCAGACGCCCCAAGCAGGAGGACACCGUCCCCCAAUAUCACGCCGUGCGCAUCCGGAAGGAUUCUCCUCACUAUGAAGACGGCAAAGUCAAACCGGAUCUUUUUGAGAAGAAGCCUUGGAUGACGACGUGGGUCGACAAUGAAAGUUACUCUUGAGCCUUCAGGCUACCAAUUAGAGACAACCUCUUGAAUUGCACAAUCCAAUGAAGAUCCAAUACAAGAGCGGUAAGAACAAUUAUGCUCAACUAUCUUUGCAAAGGCAGAAUUUUUAGUACAGCUUUUUAUAUUGCCAGUGAAAGACAAUCAUUUGUGAUGUCAGCUGAUUUUCUCCAUGUGCUCACCACAUGAGUCUUGAGUCUUUCUACACUGUAUAGAAGAUUUUCUAUAUGUAUCUUUUGUAUAUAUUUUCUGCACAAUGUAUAUUUAUUUUUUUGAUAAAUCAUGUAUGAUAGAGCCAAAGAUGUCCAGUUUUAAAUGUGAACUAGACUUAAGUGCAUUUAAAAAUGAAUUACUGAUGUGACGUAGUGGUACUCUCAUUGAAGCCUUGCUGAAUUUAAAAAAUUAUGCACAAAUGGCACAGUUGACUAUGUGUUGUAUUUGAGGACUUUUGUAGAUUUUUUUUUUUUUAAGAACAGCAAUCAUACCCACAGUUGACUCGCUGUGAAUAAAUGUGAUUUUAUAUUUUUAAGGUAGUAUGGUCACUGAAAAAAUAUUUUUUUGUGUGUGAAUCUAAAUGUCCUGAAUUAGAUUAUUCAGGAAUGUUAAAUUGUGAACUGGAAUAAAUAUUCUUAAAAAUUGGAG